CUGACACUCUCUCAUUUGGUUGGGCAGUCUCCUCCCCUUGUCUUAAGUCAUAGAGCCUCACUAUGCUGGAGGAGAACACAUGCUCCUCGCCCUGAGUCCACUGCGUCGCUCCUGCUCCUUGGAGCUUCUUCUCCCCAUCUCCUGGACACGUAAGCUCGGCCGCCGCCUUUCAUCAUCCGCUGGAAUUUUCAGUGGCCAUUAAACUGAGAGGAGGAGAAGACACAUUAACCAGCAAGGAUGACUAAAAGCAACGGAGAAGACCCAAGAUCUGGGAACAGGAUGGAGCGCUUCCAGCAAGGUGUGCGCCAUCGCUCCAUGAUGGCCAAGAAGAGGAUGCAGAACAUGACAAAGGACGAUGUCAAGACUUUCUUCCUGAAGAACGGCAUUGUCCUGUUCACCGUCAUCGCUGUCAUUGUUGGAAUCAUCCUAGGAUUUUCUGUCCGGUCGUAUAAAAUGACCUACCGGGAGAUCAAGUACUUCUCCUUCCCUGGAGAGCUGCUGAUGAGAAUGCUUCAGAUGCUUGUCCUUCCUCUCAUUGUGUCCAGUCUGGUUACAGGUAUGGCCGCCUUGGACAGUAAAGCUUCUGGAAAAAUGGGAUUAAGAGCUGUCGUCUACUACAUGACAACAACGAUCAUUGCCGUAUUCAUUGGAAUUAUUAUUGUCAUUAUCAUCCACCCCGGAAAGGGCAGCAAAGAGAAGAUGCACCGAGAGGGCAAAAUCGAGCCGGUCACCGCUGCCGAUGCUUUCCUUGAUUUAAUCCGAAAUAUGUUUCCUCCGAAUAUAGUGGAAGCUUGCUUCAAACAGUUCAAGACAAACUAUGAGAAGAAACAGUUCAGGGUUCCAAUGCCAGAAAAUGAAAGUCUGCUGUCCUCAGUCAUGAACAACGUAUCAGAAGCCUUGGAGUCAUUGACCACUUUUCGGGAGGAGGUUGUGCCCAUCCCAGGAACGGUGAAUGGAGUUAAUGCGCUGGGACUUGUGGUGUUCUCAAUGUGCUUUGGUCUAGUGAUUGGAAGCAUGAAAGAACAAGGGAAAGCCUUAAAAGACUUCUUUGACAGCCUCAAUGAGGCCAUUAUGAGAUUAGUUUCUGUAAUUAUGUGGUAUGCCCCGUUGGGUAUCCUCUUCUUGAUCGCUGGAAAGAUUGCCGAGAUGGAAGAUAUGGGGGUGGUUGGAGGGCAGCUUGGAAUGUACACCGUCACUGUAAUUGUAGGACUGCUUAUCCACGCCAUCAUUGUCCUUCCUAUGCUCUACUUUUUUGUCACUCGUAAAAAUCCUUGGGUGUUUAUUGGAGGAUUGGUGCAAGCCUUAAUCACAGCCCUGGGCACCUCCUCAAGCUCUGCAACUUUACCAGUAACAUUUAGGUGCCUGGAAGAAAACAAUAAGGUGGAUAAGAGGGUGACCCGAUUUGUUCUACCAGUGGGAGCUACAAUCAAUAUGGAUGGCACAGCCCUCUAUGAGGCCCUGGCUGCUAUUUUCAUUGCUCAAGUCAACAAUUAUGAUCUUAAUUUUGGACAGAUUAUUACUAUCAGUAUCACAGCCACAGCUGCAAGUAUUGGAGCCGCUGGGAUCCCACAAGCCGGCCUGGUCACCAUGGUUAUUGUGCUGACAUCGGUGGGUUUGCCAACAGAGGACAUCACGUUGAUCAUUGCAGUCGAUUGGUUCUUGGACCGGCUCCGUACCACCACAAACGUGCUUGGGGACUCUCUUGGUGCUGGAAUAGUGGAGCACUUGUCCAGACAUGAACUGAAGCACGGUGAUGCCGAAAUGGGCAACUCGGUGAUUGAAGAAAAUGAGAUGAAGAAACCAUACCAGCUGAUCUCCCAAGAGAACGAAACCGAUAAGCCCAUAGAUAGUGAAACUAAGAUGUAGGUGUCCUACAAUGUCUUCUGACUGGAAAUACAUCCAUUUAAUUUUGUCUUUAUUUUCAAACAUAUCAUCUGGUGCCAGUGUGACACUGGGUGUAACCAGACAACCACCAAUCACCAGUGCCAUAAUACCCGUUCCUUUUAAAAAGUUAAUUUGCCAACAUGGCUUUGACCAGUUUGUGCUAACCAGGUGAUAUUGCCAUGUUUGUUUAAGAGUUUUAUUUUAUAUUUCUCUUUAUAUGACUGGAAACCAGUGACAUAGCAAAAGCAGGGGGACUGCUACACAUUUAGCAUUGUACAGGAAUCCUAAGGGGGGAGGGGGGGGGGACUUGUCUAGCUGGGGCAAACAUACCAUAGAAGCAGUCCCUGCAACUUCUAUGGGACCCCAUGGGGAGGAGGUCCCAUCCCAAUGUUUCCCAAUGGGUGGAGUAAAGCUGAAAAUGGCUGUCCUUCUUCACAGGUUCUGCAUCAUAAGUAAAUAAGGGUUAGAACAGUAGACAUAGGAAGGCUUCCCUAAACCGUCUUACAACGGAAAAAUAGUUGGGCAAACAAGCACUCUUGAACCCCAAUAGAAGGCCUGACAUGAGGAAUAUGAAGGGGCCCCUGCUCUUUAGAGGCCAAAUGAUCUAGACCUGGGGAAUAGCAUCGUUUUAGUUUUUUACCACCCACAUUUUUUAUAUAAACUACCCCCUAGAUUUUAAAAAGGAAGCUAAUUGUUAACACCAAAGGCCUCUUAGAUGAGGAUCCUAAAAAAUUUAAAGUUUCGUACAGGAAUCUUUCUAAAUUUACCCAAGAACAAAUUUCUCGGACUAAAUUCACAAGUGUUACUGUGAGAAACUUUUGCCAUUUAGGGCCCUCAUCAGGGUGGCUAUAAAGAGUGCCUCUCUCUCUCUCUCUUCAGGGGUGCCUAGCCUUUCCCUACUUUAUACAAGUAUCCCACUGAUUGCAAUAGGAAAUUUGUAAUGUUUAAUUUCCCCUGUGGUGACGCAAGAGGGGAAUCGAACAUUUGCUGCUGGGUUGCGAUAUUUGAAGACACUCUGAUCGACUUAUCAUUAGAAGAUUUUUUCUAGUAGAAAACGAUUGUCUAAUGUUCACAACCCCUUGAAUCGUAAGCUCCUCUGAUACAUUACUGUGAAUUGUACACAUUUAAAAGGGAUAUUGUGUUUUUUAAUAAAAUAAAUGUCCCCAUCAGAGGCCCCUAUAAUUAAGAUUUAUGUUGUUAUUAUACCAUGGUUGUUGUUGGCAUUUUUUACUUGAAGAUUUCAUUCUUAUCUCCCGAAAAACACUAGGUGGCAGCUAAGACUACUGCUAUGUUUUUUAUGUUUUUUUUAUUUUUUAUUUUUUUAUUUCAAUGAUAUUGAUGCUGCUUUUGAGUCAACAUCUUUUUACGGUGUGUUCACCUUUAAAAAAAAUACUUAUUGAGCAUGAUUCUAUUCAAACUUUGCACCAGUCCAUUUUGAUACUUUUCAUACAGGAUCCACCCAGAGAACUCCUUGGCCCUCACUUAAAGGGGUACUCCACUGCCCCAGCGUUCGGAACAUUUUGUUUCAAACAAUGGGUGCGGGUUGUGGGUGUCAUGACGUCACAGCCAUGCCCCCUCAAUGCAAGUCUAUGGGAGGGAGCGUGGUGGCUGCCACACCCCCUCCCAUAGGCAUGCAUUGAGGGGGCGUGGUUGUGACAUCACGACCCCUGCAGCCCGUAUCCAGCGUUCAGAACAGAAUGUUCUGAACGCUGGUGCAGUGGAGUACCCCUUUAAAUCACCUCUUGGUUCCGAAUUGGGAAUAUAAAAUAUGGGAAUAUGUUGAGAUUUUUUUUCUUUUCUAAAUGACCUCAAUAUCUUGUUCAUGUAGAGAGAUUUUUAGGCCAUAGUGAUUUUUGCUGAUGGUGUUUUACCAUUAUGGUCCAAUAUGUAAUGUUGGAGAAUUAGGAUCCAUACACGUGUCAAAGCCUUGUGCCUUAUUUGACGAUAUACAGUCUGUGCCGAAAUUUGUAGGAAUACCUUUAUAAUGCCCUAUUAAUUGGAAUAGGCCAUGGUGUAUGUAUGAACCCCUGAUGCAUAUGCAGUAUGGGUCCACAGCAGUCUCUGUUAUAUAGCCGGGAGGGCAUAGGUCUGAGGCCUUUACUACCUUGUGGAAGUAGAAGGCUUCAACCACCCACCGUCCUCGAUGGGGUAGGGGGGGUGAUCUUAUUUGGUGAUCCUAUUCAGCCAAGAAGAUGUAGAACAGUGGCAAGGCUUACAUGUAGCUCUUUAUUUUGAAGUUUAAGAGAGUCAUCUGGUUCGCUGUCUUCAUAACUCUCAUAGACUUCAGUGUAGAACACCACAUACAUACAGCUUCCUCCCCUAUAUGUAGCUGAGAUAGGUGGGAUCUGGAACUCACGAUUAAAAUUGUGGCCUACACUCGUACUUUUUCACCAGCGGCUCCUAAUCUUAAAGGGGUAUCGGUCUUUCAACUUGUUAUGACCUAUUUAUUGGAUAGAGGAUAACAAGCUGAGCGGUGGGAGUCCGACUGCUAGGACCCCUACCAAUCCUGAGCAUGUGGACAUAGUCAUCCCUGAAAUCAAUAGAGCGCAAACUGUGUGUGCAGUCAGCCCUCUAUUCCUUCUCUGUGGGGCCACUGAACAUUACUGAACAGAGUUAAACUCUUGGAAAUGUUUAGCGGCCCCAUAGAAAAUCAAUGGAUCGGUGGCUGCGAUUUAUUAACUCUAGGGGCAAUUUUGUCCCAUUUUUUAGGAUCGGUGGGGGCCCAUCGGUAAGACCUCCACUGAUCAGCUUGUUAUCACCUAUCCUAUUGAUAGGGGAUAACAGGUUGAGAUGGGAACACCCCUUUAAAAGGGAUUAUUUGUGCUUUAAAAUUGAGGCCUAUUAAGUGACCACUGCAAGGGACAAAAAUAAAAACAGUCAAGAUACAAAAAAAAUUAGCAUUUUUCAUGUGCAAUUUUGACCUGCCAUAAGCACAUGUAGGCGAAUGUGGUUUUAUAAGGAUCAGUUUCCCUAUAGCCCUGUGUAAAUGUAGCCUGAUGGUAAUAAAAUAAAUGAGUUAGUUAUAGUGUUUUCUGUAGGGUCCAUGCAUGCAACAAUGCUUCUGGGGAAAAUACCUCCAUAAAAAAGUGUUCCAUAUGCCACACUUUUUUUUUUCUCUCUCUGACAGAGAAGAAGCCUCUGUAUAAAAUUUGAAGCAAAAGGGGGGCACAGAAUGGGGCAGUAGCAGUCUAUGGGAACCAUAUUGUGAAUUAAUACAAAAUGGGCCUGUAAUAGUCAGGUAACAAACAAUAUAUUUGAGUAUUCUGUCCUUUAGAAUUAGCUGCAUGUCAUUUAUGAUAUGAAAAACUCACCAGACAAUGAACCCAAAUGUAUCUCAGCCUCUGUGGUUAAAGGGUUAUGUAAUACCUGUUCUGUAUAUAUAAUGUGUGAAAGAAGAGAUCUUUUUAUUAAGUGCAGAGUACGUACUAUCUCAGAAAUAUCUCCGUAUGCUAGAAAUUUUUAACUGGGUACCUUUAAAAAAAUAUAUAUAUACAGGCAUUACACAAGUCGGAGAUAUACAGUACAAUAAAAAUGUUAUAUUUUGCUAAUAUGAAUAGAGAAAUACAGAUCUUAUGAAAUGUAAGUAGAAAUAUUUUUUAUAAUAGAGACAAAAUAUUCUAUGUACAAAUCUUAACUUUAGAGAGUAACUGUGCGUGUUGUUUUUGAAUUUUGUGAACAUUUUGAUGAAGUCCUAAUGUUGAAAUGUGUCAAUUAUUUGCUGUUGUUUGUUUUGUUUUUUUGUUUUUUUUAAAUCAUUUGUCUUUUUGUCAUACAACUAACUGUUUUCAUGAAUCAGGUACGAUAGAAGUUUCUUUCCACAUGUUCUUUACUGGUUCUGUUUUCAUGUACCCAGUGUGGAUUGAAGAAUUGUACUUUGUAGGUGUAUUUUCAAUAAAAAAUAGAUUACAAAAGAAAA